GGUUCUGGGUCACACGUGCUUUAUGCCUUUACUUUAUCGUUCUGUGAUCUGUUGUUUUUUGAAUGCUUGUUAUCCUGGUAUAUUUACAUUUUGCUUUUCGAUCUGAAAACUUGCACGGUUUUGUAAUUUUCCUUGAUUUCCAUCGUUGCGCUGUGGGCCAGGAAAUCCUAAAAAGGUACCUUUAUAACCACACAUUUAUAACAUAAAGACCUCUUAAGCCCUUGAAAUUUCCCCAAAACAUAAUUUCUGUACCUGCAAACUCUGAUAAUGAUAGGUAAUACUUUUAUAAAUAUGGUUUUAUGGGGGCUUUUCGGAUUACCUGGCCCUUGCCUUGUGAUUUGUAAAAAGUAGUUAAUACUUUUGCAAUUACUGGAAAUAUCUACCUGUGCCUUUCAGCUGAUGAAGGAAUCCCAGCAUAACCAUUUUAUAAGUUGAGGAGAAAGCAUCCUUAUAAGAAGUGAAGCAGUAUCAGAUUAUUUCUUCAGAGUCAUUGAUUAUUGGCGUCAUGAACAAAAAGAUCAGUUUUGGUAAAAUCAGCGCCAAUUUUGGCGAGAACUCUAAAAAAAUUGAGGCCACAGGAACUAUAGGUACCUUCGGCCCACCAAAAGCGAUAGAGGUACUGGAAGAUGAUACUGAAGCCCAAAAAAUGAAAGAGGUUAUGGGUAUAUCGACGUUUGGCAAAAAAGCAAAGACCUUUGAUGUAGCAGAAAUGGUAAAGCAAGUUAAAGAAACAGCAAAACAAGUGACAAAGAAACCUGAAGAGGACAAACCGCUUGAUAGUUCAGAAGACAGUGAAGAUGAUGAUUUAAUUGGACCUCCAGUACCUCAAAAUUUACUGCCAGCAGUGAAAGAAGACACACAGAAAAAAGAAAGUGACGAUGAAGAAUCUGACGGUAAUAACGAAGAUGAUGUAUCAUUAUUCAUACCUUGUUCGCAUGAGGUUCAGAUGGUCCAUGGUACAAAAGCAGUAACUGCAAUAAGCGUCGACCCGAGUGGUGCAAGACUUGCAUCAGGAUCUGUAGAUUAUGAUGUCAGCUUUUGGGACUUUGCUGGAAUGGACUGUAGCAUGAGAAGCUUCCGAACAUUACAACCAGCUGAUAACCACCCUAUCAGAGGACUGCAUUAUUCCAAUACGGGAGAUUUGCUUUUGGUUAUAUCAGGAGCUAGCCAGGCAAAAGUUAUUGAUAGGGAUGGAUUUGAGAAGCUGGAGACAGUUAAAGGAGACAUGUAUAUUACAGAUCAGGCAAGGACUAAAGGACACACUGCUGGGUUACUUGCAGGUACAUGGAAUCCAGUGACUAAAGAAGAAUUUUUAACUACUAGUGCAGAUGGAACCUGCAGAACAUGGAAUUUCUAUGAUGGUGGAAAACACCAUAAACAAUUGAUCAAAUGCAGAGCUCAAAACGGCCUGAAAGUUUCACCUUCCGCAGUCAACUAUAGCUAUGAUGGCAAGGUGAUUUGUUGCGGGUGUGCAGAUGGAUCAAUACAACUUUGGGACUUGAGAAAGAGUUCAGUGGCGCCAUCGAUGCUAAUUCGCAAGGCACAUCAACCAGUCGAAGUUACCAGCAUAUGUUUUUCCCAUAUGGGAAAUCAACUUUUGACGAGGAGCUGCGACGAAACUAUGAAAUUAUGGGAUAUUCGGCAGUUUAAAGAAGCAUUGAGUAGUGUUGAUGGGCUGUUCACAAGAUACGAUACCACUGAUGCUAUUUUCAGUCCUAACGAUGCUAUGGUGGUUACUGGAAUGUCGCUCAAAAAAGGAGAAACAAAUGGUAUGGCGCUAUUCUACAGAACCCCAGAUUUGACGCCGAUUCGGAAAAUGGAAGUUUGUGAGUCGCAUACAAUCAAGUUCUCUUGGCACCCUAAGCUUAACCAGAUUUUUGUUGGCACUGGAAAUGGAACCGUUAAGUGUUACUACGAUGAAAAACGUAGCUUGAGAGGCGCGACACUUUGUGCUGUCAAAGUGCAUAGGAGGGCACAACAUUCUGAAAUCGUCAGCACCCAACAGGUAAUUACGCCUCAUGCGUUGCCGCUGUUCAGACAAGAACGUCGCAAAACAAGCCGAAAACAAAUGGAAAAAGAUCGUUUGGAUCCUGUGAAAUCGCGACGUCCAGAUUUACCGAUCACUUCCGGUCAAGGAGGUCGUGUUGCUUCUAGCGGAGGUACACUUAGCAGCUAUGUCAUUAGGAACCUGGGGUUGAGCAAACGAGUUGAAGAUGACCAAGAUCCCAGAGAGGCGAUUUUGAAGUAUGCCAAAGACGCUGAAGAAAAUCCAUACUGGAUCACGCCUGCGUAUAAAAAUACGCAACCUCAGUCGUGUACAAGCAAAUAUCAAGAGAAACAGGAGGAAGAUGAACCAGAGAAGAAGAAGGCAAAGACUGAAUAAUCAAAGGGUUGGAGAAAAUCCAUACUGUAUCACACAUGUGUAUAAAAAUACGCAACCUCAGUCGUGCACAAGCAGAUAUCAAGAGAGGCAGAACCAGAGAAGAAGAAGGCAAAGACUGAAUAAUCAAAGCAGUAUAGUGUUUGUUGUAUUUAUGUUAUGUAAAUAAUUCUAUCAAAAUAAAGACAUUAGUUGUUACUCGAAUGUUUUCUUUGUUCAUUUAUACAAUGAGAGACCAAAUAGACUUGUC